AUGGAGAUCGCAAACCGCGAGACGUAUGGUCUCCUUUCAGUCCUUCUUCUUCUUCUUCUUCUUAUACGGCAAUAUCCGGUUGAUUCAGCGAUCCAAAACUUCAUUCUAAGACGAAUGCGUAGAAGGCGUCUGCGAUUACGACUUUUACAAUCACUCCAGAUGUUGUAUUUGUUCUAUAGAAAUCGUCGCCUGCAAGUUGCUCGCCGGCCAAGACGUGCUUGGGUAUUUCCUCGUCCGCAGAACUGGUUCCAGGAACUUUUAAACAGCAGAGCUCUCGAUCGCUGGAGGAAGGAAAACUUCCGCGUGUCUCGGGCUACUUUUGAGUAUAUCUGUAGGCUGGUAGGGCCAGCAAUAGCGCGACAAAACACUAGAAUGCGUGACGCUAUUCCAGUUGAAAAGCGAGUGGCUGUGAGCUUGUGGCGUUUGGCGACUGGCGAGUGCUACCGCUCAUGUGGACUGAUGAUCGGACUGGCAAAACCUACAGUGGUUAAGUGCUGUCAUGAGUUUGUAGAAGCAAUUUGCCGUCUGCAGGAUGACUUCAUAAAGUUUCCUUCUACAAGGGCGGAAAUAAGCAGGAAAAUUGAAGGUUUCUCUGAGAAGAGCAAGGUUCCGAAUGUUGUUGCAGCGAUUGACAGUAGUCACAUUCCUAUAAAAGCACCAAAAGAGAAUCACGAGGACUACUUUAACCGGAAACAUUUUUACAGUUAUUUAGUACAAGGGAUUGUUGACUCUUCGGGACUCUUGUCAUCUGUUGCCACUGGGUUUCCCGGGAGUCUGCAUGAUUCUCGAAUGCUGCGACUAAGCGAUGUGUACUGGGCCGCCGAAAACGAGGACAUUCUCAUGGAACCUACCCUAGAUUUGGGGGGAACCGUUAUUCGCCCACUUGUGCUGGGAGAUUCAGCGUACCCAUUGAAGACCUGGCUUCUACCGGUUAUCAAAGAUAAUGGAGCCCUUAACCGAGACCAGAAGAAGUUCAAUAAGGAACUCUCUAAAGCACGAAUAGUUUCUCAGCAUGCGUUUGGUUUGUUAAAGGGUAGGUGGAGAGCACUACUGAAGCGCUUGGAUGAGGAUCAUUGGAGAAUCUCAAACACCAUCAUAGCAUGCUGUGUACUUCACAACAUUUGUAUUAUUCGAGGGGAAGAAUUUGAUGGAGAUGUCGAGGACGAUAGCGAUGAUGACGAUGAUGAUGACAAUGGAGUUCCCAGCCAGGCUGCAAACGGUGUUCGACUGGCUGUAAUUGAAUUUGUAGCAAAUCAAUAA